AUGUCUGAAAAUUCAUCUACUUCGAAUUUUGAUAAUUACAUUGCUGAACUACAUGAAAAUCUUGAUCGUAUACGUGAGAUAAACGAUGUCGACGGACAAUCCUCAGCAAUUGUUGCUGAUUUAGCACAAGCUUAUUCUGAACAUCCAUCACCGAUGCAAACAGCGAUGUGUCUAUCCGCUCUAUUCGGUGGUCAAAAGAAUAUUCUCACAUAUCUUCGACGUGCGACAUCCAAAGUCGAAUUGAAGAAAACCAAAAUUGAAAUUCUUCAGUUUUUGAAAUUUUUUAUCGAAACUGCUGGAACGAAAAUUCUGUCGUACGCACUGGAGUUGAAAUCCGUUCUUCUCACGAUUUUCGCCGUUGAUAAUGCGUCUGACGUACGUGCAUCGAUAUUCCCGGUUUUGUCACAAUUAAUGGAAAUGAGCGCUGGCUCAACAGAUAUGGCGAGUGAAGUGGAGAAAAUGGCGACGACAUUUCUCGAUCAAAUCGGUCUUCAAAGCUCGAAAACUACAGCGACUAUUAGAGGACUUUGUCUGGCAUUUCUUGGCCUAUUAUGUAAAUUUUAUCCAGAACACAUGCGAAAAUAUGCAGAUCCACUUUUGUUAGGACAGUAUUUGAAAUAUUUACAUGAACAAUUAGUCAAAGAUGCAGUGAAAUUUGAAAUGCUGAUAGCUGCCGGUGCAAUUGAAGGUCUGAUCAAUUAUCUAGUGAAAUUUACUCCCUCAUCUACACCUGUUCAUCCUUUGCCACCACCGCCAGCUGUUCGAAAUAAAAGUAAAGAAGAAGAAAAACGUUGGAAUGAAGAACGAAUUCGAUGUGAAUCGGAUUUAAAGCGUAUUUAUAUAUAUGGAACACGUGCAAUUCAAACACAAGAUCAAACUAACUUGAAUCGUUACGCAUUAGUUAAAGCUGGCCUUGAAUUAUUUGCGCAACAUUCAACAUUAUUCACUGAAUAUCUCUAUGAAGACUACCCGGAAAUACUUCGGUGCAUUCGCGCAUGGAAUGCUCAUGAUAAUUAUGAUGUGAAGAAGAUAGCACAACGUGCUUAUGAUGCAUUCUUGCUCGGUGUAGCGAAUGCUUUGAAAGAAACAAACGUGAAAACGCCAGAGGAACGUCGUCGAGCCGUGCAAGUUUUCCAAUAUUUUAUCAAAGAGUUUCGUGAUAAAAUCGACACGCCUGAAUUGGAAAUUCGUGAUUUAGCCAUGGGAAUACGUGGCUAUGGAAUUUUUGCUAAUGCAUGUAAACUGUAUGGCACGGAGGAGGAUGUGAAAUUCAUGUUUGUUGGUCUUAUACAACGUUGUGAACAGAUAGCUAUGCCAACUGUGACGUUAUCUCAAGCGAUGGAUAUCUUCGAUGAACGAUUCUAUGGUUUACCUAAUUUGAUUGAUGCACUUUCAGCCAUUAUCGUCGAAAUGACUAAUAUCGGUGAAGAAUUUUUUGGUCCACUCGAACGUUUAACCGUAAUGACAAUUGACUACUAUCCACGUUAUCAACCCAAAUCACAAGCGACGACGUGUUCGUCCGUUAUCAAAAUGAUUCUAGCUUUGCAAACAAAACCGAAUGCCUACAAACCAUUUCUUUCACGCAUUGUCACUCAAGCAUUGAUUCGUUGUUGUUCACAUCCAUUAAAAUCUACUGUUGAGCAACAACUGGAAAACUAUGAACCUGAUCCAUCCGAUGAUACUGUGAAAUCUCUUCUGUCAAUUGGAAAAACUAUUACGUACGAGAAUUAUAUUCCUUUAUGGAAAUCGCUCUUGAGUGUGGCAAUAUCAAAAGAAUUUGACACAAGUACAUAUCUAAUAUUCGAUCGGCAGAAUAUGUUGGUUUCAUUGUAUGAUGAAAUUAUUGAGUCGAUUUUACAUAUCAUCGAUCGACUAGAUUUAAGUGUUGAAAAAGAAACGCAACAAGUUGAAAAUAACGAUGAAACAAUAGCAAAUACGGAUCCAGUCUUUGGGAUGCGGCCUAUCAAACCAAAAGAUUUCCAGAUCUUCUAUAAUCUAGUUGAUUUUUGCCAAGAUUUAUUGCCUGAUCAAACACCAGAAUUAUUUCUCAAAUGGAUCUUUCGAUUCUUAUACGAUAUUAUUUCUACUUCAACCAAGUAUCCAUUAGUUAGUGGAGUCUACCGAUUCGCUACAUUUGUGAUGAAUAUUUGCCUGAAACUUGACUAUUUCAAAUCACAACGAUCAAUGACUACAAAUCGUGCAGGUAUUGAAAUGAUGGAGACUGACUCAACUGACAAUGACCAAAUUCCAGCUGUUUGCGCUCUUGUUCGACGCUUUGCGCAUGAAGUACUUUCACGACAAAAGCAAUAUCGUGAUGAUUUAUUGAUCUCAUGUUUACAAUUCAUUAUUUCAUUACCCUCAGAAUGUAUUGAUUACGACUUUGUUGAUUACGUACCAGCAAUACAAUUAGCGUUACAGCUUGGUUUGACUUAUUUACCUUUAGCUGAACAGACUGUCAAUAGUCUUGAACGAUGGUCACAAUCGACAUCAUUGAAUUUACCAAAUUUCUAUGAUCAAAUACUACCCUAUCUCGAUGAUUAUCUUCGAUUAUCUCAAGAUCAAGGCGACGAUGUCAACGUUCGAGCAAUCGUAUCAUCUUUACAAGAGAAAACACGACUGAAAUCGAGAGGUAAACACGUUCUACCUACACGAAUGCUCAAGAAAACAAAGCAGAUAAAACAUCUUUUCGAUGAUAGCGACAUUCGUCGUGUACAAUUUCGUAUCUUAAAAUAUCUCGGCUCACUAGGCAAUCGUAUUAAUUACCAUCUGAUCGACGAUACAGCAAAUUAUCUAACCAAAGAAGCGGUCGCAUGGGACAAUGAAAAUCAUCUUACAUUCAAUGUUCCAUUUGACGAUUUAAAACCAACAAUUCAUCUCGAUAUAUUUCUACCUCGCAUUGUCGAUUUAGCAUUGCAUAGUUCUGAUCGGCAGACUAAGAUCACUGCCUGUGAGCUAUUACAAUCCGUGAUGUUGUAUAUGAUUGGAAAAAGCGCAACGAAUCGAAGCACUGCUGCAGCGUCGUAUGAAAAACUCUAUGAGCAUUUGCUUCCUGUUGUUCUGGAAUUAUCCUGUGAUUCUGAUACGUUUACAAAAACUUUGUUCACCACCUUUAUGAUUCAAAUGAUCCAUUGGUUUACGAAAAAUCACAAUUAUGAGAACCCAGAAACCAUGUCGAUGCUCGAUACGUUCAUGAAUGGAAUGAUCUCGGGACGCAAUGCGUCGAUUCGCGAUUUCAGUGGUAUCUGUCUAAAAGAAUUUCUCCAAUGGACAGUAAAACAUUCCGGUGGAUACGAUAAAUCUGCCUAUUUAAAAAAUGCCACAUCAAUUCUCAAACGCAUUCUGAGCUUCGCCUUGCAUCCCAAUAGUUUCAAACGACUUGGAUCGACACUAGCAUGGAACUCAAUCUAUGCACUCUAUCGAGAGUCAGAGAUAUUGGUUGACGUUUAUACGUUACAGUUGCUCUAUGUUUUUGUCGAAAGUUUAGCAAUCGCUCAAGGAGAUGAUUCGUCUCUGGGCACGCAACAACAAGCAAUAAGCGCUUUAUCGCAUCUUGAACGAAUAAUCAAAGAAAAGUCGCAAUUAUUCAUUAAAGAAACACCAAAACGACAUCGACCACCAUCGUGGAGUGAAGCAACACUUGAUGUGACCAUUCGAUGGCUACUUCGACAAUGUGGACGAAUCGAAACAGAAUCACGAAGAAAAUGCAUUGAGCUUGUGUGUACAUUCAUUCCACUUCUACCAGGAAUUCGAUCUAUCCGAGAGUAUUUCGAUUUGAAAGUCAAAACCGAUGGAAAUGUGUAUUUCAUCGAAAGAUUCGAAGGAACAGCAGGUGCAGAGAAGAAAACAAGAUUCAAAGCUAGUUUAGCAAAUGCCGCAUGUCUAACUGAUAUGAGUGAACAAUUUUCACUUCCGAUAGUAUAUCAGUGGCUUGAUACGGUCAUUGCUUCGUUGGAUUGUUAUACAUGGGUAUUUUCACAAGGAUUUCUCAAUCCAACGCUUUUCCAAGGACGUAGUCGUCUAAUAGUGUCUUUAUCCUACUUUAUCUCGAAGGUGUCGAUGAAUUCAUUACAUGAUAUUAGCACCUAUUUUGUAUCUUCAUCUCCUCACUCAUCCGUCUUUACGCCAACUGAUGUUCGUCAAUUUGAUGUUGCAAAAUGUACGGUCAUUGUUCGUUUGCUUAACUUCAUCACAGCACUAUGGACGAAGUAUCCACAGGACACCAAACGUGCAAUUGACAAUUCGUUCUACAGUCCAGAUUUGAGAAAACUUAUAUUAACUUGUGUAUUAAAUCCCACACAGUUAGGAUUUGAUAUCAAUAACGAAGAAGUCAAUCGGAAAUUACCUGAACGAAUUUCUAGUUUGUUAAAGUCCAUGACAACGCAUUUACCCGAAGAACUGAUUCAGCCCUUCUAUGCCGAUGCAUUACAGAUGACAAAAUCCGACGGAGUGUACAAUUUGAUGAAUGAACUAAAUAUGAAACCUGUUCGUUGGCCACUGAUAUUUACCAUUGCACGUGGCCUCCGUCUUUUGCAUGAUGUACGAUUGUUGCCAAAGCCGAAUCAACCCGAAGAAUAUGCUAAACAGCUUUGGACUAUCUUAUUGACUAAACUGAUUACGAAAGAAGACGAAUGUGAUAAAGCAAACAUCGUUUUGAUCAUUGAUAAUCAACGUGGCUUACAAGCUUUAUUUGGUUAUAUUAUCUAUCUUGGCAUCAAGCCAAAUGAAGUUUUGCCGCAUUUCUUUGAAUCCCAUCGUAUUCAUACAGAUUCCGGCAUGGCGACAAUUGGCACAUAUCUACUGAACUUAUUCAAACAUCAAAUCACCAGUUGGCUUGGUACAACGCCUCAUUUUAUUAUCAAUAAUGUUGGUGAUAUCAAAACAGUCGAUCAAUGUCGUUCAGUCGUAUCAUUUCUAACUAUUGUUCUCGAUCUAUGUAGUCGAGAGAAAGAUAUUCGUCAGCAAUAUGGUCGACAAUUCGUCGAUGGAAUCUAUACCUGCUGGCCAUUGUUUGUUCCAUUGUAUCGUUCGACGAAUCUUGAUGAUAAACUAUUGAUUGUUACAUUAUUAACCAAAACUUUCAUUAUCGAUAGUCGCGUACUGAUUAUUCAUGAACAGUUCGAUACAAUAUCUCAAAUGUACUUGAGUUUACUAGUCGACAAGCAAUUGAAUUUAACAUUCAAAACACGUCUACUCGAUUUAUUACCAUUUUUUGCUUCGUUGGAUACAGAUGAAGAUAUGUCGGAAGAAAAACGUAAGAAGUGGUCCGAUGACUUUUGUCGAACAUUACAUACGUUUACAGCUGAUUGUUUUCCAUUGAAAAGUACCGAAUUUCGCAAAGGUACACAAGAAUAUCAUGAUUAUCUUGGCGCAAUACGAAAAAUUCUCUCCGCACUUGAAUUAUCUUCGUCAUUUGUUCUGUUCGAAUUGCUAGUUUGGAUGUUAUGUUGUGAACCACAUCAUAUAUUUGAAGAAGAAAUUCUCUCAUCAAUAAGUCGCUAUGUAACGAAACUCAAUCAACAAAACAAACAAAUGAACUUACUUAAUUACAUCCAUUCGAUUCUAUUUGGAAAAAAUCCCUUAUUUCGUCUUGAACAUCGCUUGAAUGCGCUCGAUAAGUUUAUCUUGAAGAUUCUCACAUCUGUGAAAAAGAGUACACUAAUGGAGUUCUACAAUCAAUACAUAUCAUUCUUUGCAAUUGAUCAACUGGAUAUUAAAUUAGAUGUAACAUCGUCAUCGAUUACUUCGAUUCUAAUUAACCGAGUUUGUGCAUAUCGUUUUCUCGAUUAUAUGUAUACGAUAUUAAACAAAGAUGAUGUUUUCGGAAUGAGUUCUUCGAUCGCGACGACAUUCUACGAAGUAGUGAAACGACAAGAAGAUGCACGAAAAGUUUUGAAUAUGGAAAUGCCAAUUACAACAAUUAAAAUUGCUCCAACAAUGGAUGGAAAAGAGUUGACAAAAUAUAUCAUCGCACGUGCACGCGCACAAUUCAUUGAUGGAAAGCUAAUGAAGACGAUGGAGAUGCUACCGCCAGACGCAACGAAAGACGUUAAAGUACAUUUAGUUCGCUCAUUGGCAGCAAGUUCAUUCAAUUGCUUGGUAUCAAUUCUGAUCUGUACGCAAACGGAAGCGAAGCUGUACAAAGCUUUUAUAUUCGAUGCGAACGCAUCAAAGGAAGAAUAUAUUUGGGAGAACUUGAUCGAUCCUGAUCAAAAGUACACAUUUCCACUUGAACUUGAACAUUAUUAUAAAAAGGAUAAACGUACAUUAUUGAAUAUUCUAUCCAAAAAACUUCUUACAUCUUCGCCCAAUUCGGAUAAUCAACAACGUUUAUCAACGCCGCCCAGAUAUUUACCAUCUCAAUAUCUUUUCGGCAGCAGUCUUACAGAUGAAUUGGCUGUAUUCGACUUUACAUCAGCUGUUGUCACUCAACUCCACAGUGAUCUGAGCAAAACGCAAUCGAAUUCUCUUUCCGAGAACACAUUAGAAAUUUCACUUCAAAGAAAAGAUGACGAUCGACCGGCAUUAGUUGAAGGUGCUGACGAUGAGCUCGGUACUGAUUUUCUUGAUAUCGAAAUGGAUGACCUCAAUCUUCAUCCGUGCAUGGUUCCCAUGAUUUGCUUACUCAAACAUAUGGAAACGCAUGGCAUAACACCACCGCCCACAACGGCAAAUACUCAAUCCGAUAUGCCGCCUUGGAUGAUCUGUUUAUACAAAAAAUUUCAUGAUGCAACUGUUCAUUUGAACAUCAAAUUAUUUCUUAUGCGUCUGAUAACGCAUACACAUACAGUUUUCAAACCGUACGCACGAUAUUGGCUGUCACCGAUCAUUCAAAUGUGUAAUCAAAUGUUUGAGAAAUCUGCGGAAGGUUUAAAUACAUUUCUGAUUGAUACAAUUGUUGUUCUAUUGUCAUGGAGUUCCGUGGCAAUCCCGAGUGAACUCGAUGCAACGCCUGUACAACGUUUACUCGAAUAUCUUUUCCUUCAUUGUUCACACAAAAAUUCCCAAGUAACGAAGUCAAAUUUAGACCUUGUGAAAAAAUUGGUCGAGUCAUGGAACGCUCGUAUUUAUGCUCCGACAUUGAUCAUAUACAAAUUGAUAGCAGAUCCCGAUAUCAAAUCAAAACAAAAUGCCAUCGGUUUGUCCCUAAUGGGAAUCUUGUUGGCAAAUGAAAUUUUACCUUAUCAUCAAACAACAACUGACCUUUCGGAAGAUAAAUUCAAUGAAACCUUACUGAAGAAUAUGAAGAAUUCGUAUCGAAAUAUCUAUGCAGCUGCUGCUGAAGUUGUAGGCAUGCUGUUACAUGUGAGAAAACUGAAACACGAAUCGAAUGAACGUCUUUUGGAACAGUUGAGUUUCCUCUUGAAAUGGCACAGUGGACAAGGCAAUCAAGAUUCCUAUGUUACAUGCAUUUAUUCAUUGCAAAAACACUAUCCGGAGAUUGUCGAUAAGGCUGUUAUGAAUAAAUUAAUGUUUGGCUUGAAAAAGUUGUACGGAGACUUUAAAAUGGAAUGUUUGGAAGCCAUUAGUGCCAAUAUCACGGAACUAGAUUCCGCAUAUCUAGAAUUGAAAGCAGCUGGAAUAUUGGAUAUACUCAUUCACAAAGACUUUAGUAUUCGUAGCGUUGCGUUACGUUUACUUCACAAAUUACUACCGAAAUUAACACAUGAACAAUUGUUAGAAGUUGCUCAAGUCUUGUCUGUUGACGGUCCUAAUGAAUGUCAAUACUGGACACUAGAAAUCUACAAAUGGCUGUAUGACUAUAUUACUCAACAUAUCACAAGUGAAAAUCGAGCGCCGAUGUAUGAAACAUUCUACCAUCAUGUUCGAGAACAAUUGCUACAAUUUCUAUCAAGUAAAACCGAAUAUAUACGCGUGAAUUGUCGAAACUUUUGGUGUGAUCCAAAGCGGCUAAGUGUUUCUUCACACCAUCGUCUUAUUGCCCUAGUUGAUCAACUAUAUUCAAUCAAAACCGAAAAUGAGUAUCUAAAUUACUCAACGAAUUUUCUUCUCGAACGUACGACACAUAGUCCUGAUUAUCAUUAUUUAAUCUUCGAGCAUCCGCUGGAUAAAUGUGCCUUUCAAGAAUUUCCAUUAGCCUGCAAUUGGCGGCAACGUCAUCACACUUAUACGACACCUCUAUUCACUUUACAAUCGCAAUCAACUAUGGAUCCAACUAAUGCCAAUCUGAUUACGUUGAAUCCUGUUCAUUUCAUGCAAACAAUAUCGAAUAACAAUGAUCAACAGCAUAUGUUAUUGCAAACGCAAGAAAUGUCUAAUCGACAACAAUUCAUUCCUACACAAAUGUUGGAAAACACCAAUCUGAAUUACAAUUGGCUCAAACAAGCAAAUACAUUCGAUACAACGAGUACAUUUGCAUUACCAACGCUCGCAACACAAACAAAACAAACCUCGUUAAUUGUUAAUGUGAGUAAAAGUAGCAAAACAACAACAAAUACCGGUUCGAACAAAGACGAAGAAGAAGAAGAGGAUAUCUUUCGACUUAAACGACGAUUUUUAAAGGAUACCGGUAAAUUACAUGGCUAUUUUGCUCGAAAACAAAAUGAAAAGAAACAGAAAGAAAAAGAAUUUCUCAACGAAGUCAAACUCAAGCAGGAAAAUCAAGUGGAAAAAUAUCGCUCCUACCGUAUUGGUGAACUACCUGAUAUACAAAUUCGUUUCAGUGAUAUUAUCAUUCCAUUACAAGCACUCGCUCAAUAUGACAAUCAUAUUGCUCGUCUGUUGUAUGCAAGUUUAUUCACAUCGAUUUUAACUUCUCUCGAAGAUAAAUUAUCAUCUGAUGAAUAUGCAGAAUUGAUUGAAACAAUUCAACAACGUUUCGAUGCGAUUCUAUCGCAAUCGGAAGUCUUCUAUCCGUCAUUGGUUGCUGCUCUACUCGAUAUUGUUCUGUCGAAACCAAAGCAAAUCAAGAUUUCUGCUCAGUUUAUUAGUGCAGCAAGUAUUUCAAGUCAUUUAGAAUCGGUUGGAAUCUUAACAUUGGAAUAUUUCAUUCGUUUAACUCAAGCAAAUGACCAGAGUGAAUUAGUUCAUGGAUCGACUAAGAAGAAAUUCAAAUCCGAUCCUCAGAUAAAUACUGAACUUUAUAAACGAAUCGAUCACUGGCUUGAAUUAGCUAAAUGCUAUCGUUCGUUAGCAUACUAUGAUGAUGUUCGCGGAAUUUUCUCACAAACACCAGGUUUAAAUCCGUUGACAUUGCAGGCUAUCGAAGAAGAAAGUCAUGCGGAUUUUCUUUCUGCUUUGAAUACUUACGUAACAGCAUUGGAGCAAAACCGAACUGUCGACGAAACAACAACAGCAAAUCCAAUCGUCGAAUUAGAACAGGAUUUUUGGACACAAUCGAUGUUAAAUUGUUGUAAUCAAUUAACCAACUGGACAAUUAUGUCGAAACAUAUCUUUCUUCCCCAGACUACAUUCGAUACCUUAUGGUCAAAUGCUUAUCAGUUGAAUUAUUUAAUGCCAUAUGCCAUACGUGCGAAAUUAAAACUUUUAAUAUCCGGUAGUGAACAGGAACAAUUAGAGCAGGAAGAUCUUUGUCAUUUUUUCAAUAAUUUGUCAUCUACAUCGAAUGCAGCAAUAACAACAGCGACAGCAAAUUCUGAAACAACAUUUGUCAAACGAUCCUAUAUCGAAAAACAGUAUCCAUUUGAAUUGGCCACAUUUUUCCUUUACCAAAAAGAUUUCGACCGUUCAAAGUAUUAUAUUCAAUAUGCCAAAGAACAAUUUUUGCAUCACUGGUCACAACUAAGUCGUCUAAGCGAAUAUGGUCGUAAGAAUGCCAUACAAUUGAUUCAACCUUAUCAUGAACUUGACCAUUUCUUGGCAUUUCUCGAACAGAAUCUUCCGUUACUCAAAUCCUUGGAAAACCGUUAUCUAACGAAUAAUAAACACGAUACCGAUACGCGCGAUGCAUUCCUUCAGCGCAUACAUGAUGAUUUACUUUCACAAUGGACAUUACCCGAUGCUAUUCGGAGUUCCAUUUGCACUUGGGAUGAUAUUGUUACAAACCGUGCAUUGUUCUUAGACAUUCUUGAUGAUUUAAUUGGUGGACCGCGAAUGAGUUUCACAAGUCGAUUGAAAGCAACAGAAUUCGAUCCGCUAUUAAUUGAUUACAAAAUUCUUGAUGAUUUAAUUGGUGGACCGCGAAUGAGUUUCACAAGUCGAUUGAAAGCAACAGAAUUCGAUCCGCUAUUAAUUGAUUACAAAGUUCAAUCUUCACUUGACAUGGCCUACUGUGCGUUACGUCAACGAAAUUUUAAAUUAGCACUGACGAAACUAAAUGAUACGCGUAACCGUUUGGAUUUAUGUCAAAAUCCGUUGAUCAAAUCCAUCUACUGGAACGAAAUCUAUUGUGAUGUUCAUUUAAAGCGCCAUCAAACCCAAUCAAAUCUGGCGAACUUGUUAUCAACACUCGUUGCGAAAGAAUUGACAAAAUUGGAACUAAAAAUCAAUUCUAUGCCAGUUACUGACGAACAGAGUGCGACCUUGAACUCGACAUAUAUACAAUUAAAUGCUCAAUUUUGUCGAACUAUAAUUGAUUAUCUAUUAGAACAACCGAAAGCUUAUAGUGACUAUGAGCAUGAUGAGAAAAUCUCUCAAGCCAAGCAUCGGCAAUUAGAAAUGUAUGUCUAUGGUUUAGAUGAUCAAAAUAAUACAAUGCAGAAAGCCGACUCGCUGAUCAAAGAAUUAUUUCACAAAAGUGUAAACAUCUUGAAGAGUAAUAUUGAAAAACAAGAAACGAAUCGCGCAGGAAAAGAAACUGUACUCAGUCGUGAUCAUAAUGAAUUAGCGAAAUUUUGCGAUGAUUAUCUUCGUCGAUAUGAAAACAAUGAUGAUGAUACACAACAUCCAAUGCGUCAUUUAUUUGCUGGUCAUAAUGGUAAACAAAUAGCCGAAUUGAUUAUUCAUUCAGUCUUAUCAUCAAUGAAAUAUGGCUCGAAUGAAGGUGUCAAAUGUUUCUCUCGUAUACUACAAAUAGUUGAAUUGUAUCCGAAUACUUUGGAAUCGAUUGCUAAUCGUUUACAAGAAAUUCCAUGCUGGAUGUUCUUCGAUUGUUUGUAUCAAAUUACAGCACACCUAGAUAAACCCAUUGCUUUAAAACUGUAUCCAUUAAUUGACCAAAUAGUAAAAUCCUAUCCGCAAUCGAUUGUUUAUCCGUUUAAACUAAGUUAUGAGACUUUGCAAUACUCAAUUGCUGAUCCGGCUUUAAAACGCAAUCUUGAAAUCAUUCGUCACAAAGUAGAUCGGCAAACUCCACUUGUCAAUGAAUUUAUUCAAGCAUUGAAUCAACUAAAUCCUCAACAACAGUUUGAGAGUUGGUGCAAAGAACUAUAUCAAUUGCUGACCAAUGAUCUUCAAACACGGGAUAUCGAGAAACUUAAGGCUCAUCUGAAGAAAUUCAAAGAUGUUCUCUUUUCCGAUGCGAUCAAUAUCAAUGAAAUGAAUGAAGAACACACGAGCACUACGAUGACAUCGCAAGACAGUGUGUUCAAUGACGGAACAGAUCAUCGUUUAUCAAAGACUCGUCUAACAUCCAUACGGUGUCAGUUCAAAAAUUCUGUGGAAAAAGAUCUCGACACAUUGUUUGGUAAACAAGGUGAAUUAUUUUCUACUGUUCUCUUAACCGAUGUGAAAACAGUGCUAUCGUCAAUUAGCACGAAAUUAAAAUCAAUAUCCCAAGAUAAAUCUAAUAUAAACGAUUAUUCCACAUGGUUUUCGUUAACAUUUCGACAACAACAUCGAGCUCUCGGUACACCGUCGACGCGUGAAAUCGAAAUACCCGGACAAUAUACAAGCAAAAAGAAACCGCUAUUGGAGCAUCAUAUCAAAAUUGUUGGUUUCGAUGAGAAAAUCUUAGUUCUUCAUUCGUUAAGAUUACCGAAACGUUUAAUUAUACGUGGACAUGAUGAAAAUGAUUAUCGAUUUCUAGUCAAGGGAGGCGAAGACAUACGACAAGAUCAACGUAUUCAAGCACUGUUCACUAUUAUGAAUGAUCUCUACGAUAAUGAUCCAAAUUGUAAUCAAUCAAAUGCAUCACAUGUUUCCAUACGAACGUAUAAAGUUAUUCCAAUGUCAUCGAAAUUGGGAAUGAUUGAAUGGCUCGAUAACACACGUCCAUUGAAAGAACUAAUUGAUGAAUGCUAUACAAAGGCUGAACAAGAUGUUAUUUCUCAAGGUCAACAUCCAAGAAAGCUCUUUCAAGAUUAUGUGACUGGCGCAUAUCAAAGAGCGAAACCAAGUGCGAAAUCAACAAGUAACACUCUGAUGUAUGCAGAACUAUUUGUUUCUCUGACAAAGAAUGAAGUUCGUGAAGAAUUCAAUAAAGUUCAAGCAGUUAUUCCCAGUGAGUUACUCCGACGUGCCUAUUACAAGAUGGCUAAUUCACAUGAAGGAUUCUAUACAUUACGUCAACAGUUUAUAACCAGUUAUGCCAUUUUAUGUACAAGUCACUACAUAUUAGGCAUUGGUGAUCGACAUCAAUCAAAUUUUUUGAUCGAUACAACAUCAGGACAAGUUAUUGGCAUUGAUUUUGGUUCUGCAUUCAAUGCUGCAACAAUUCAUUUACCUGUUCCUGAACUCAUACCAAUUCGUUUGACUCGACAGUUGACCGAACUCAUGUCACCAGUGGGUACAGCUGGUCUGUUCCGUGCAACAAUGAUCCAUACGAUGAAUGCAUUACGCGAGAAUUCCGAUUUAUUAUUAAGUACCAUGAAUGUCUUUAUUAAGGAACCUCUUAUGGAAUGGGUGGAACAUGCACUGAAAACGAGUAAACAAGUAUCACAGAGCGAAUCAAGUCCGAUUCGUUCGGACGAUACCUAUGCAAAAGAUCGUAUUCGAAGUGCUCGUUUAAAACUGAAUGGAAUCAAUCCAGCUGUAAUUACUGCUGCGGAUCUUAAAUUAAACAAUUUUCUUCGUCCAGCAGCUUUGAAAGACGCACUUCGCCAUAUGGAAAAAGUUGUUGGUGGCGAUCAAACUGAGAACAAGCGUGCACAAAUUUUGGUACGAUACGGGUCAGAUCGAUAUCAUCAGUUAACGGUCGAUGAACAAGUCGACUGUAUUAUCGAUCAAGCAACUGACAUCGAUAUUCUUGCCCGAUCAUGGGCUGGGUUGGAAACAUUUAUGUAG